AGCUGAAGUUGCAUCCCUCCACUCAGCAGAGUCCAGAAGUCAUGAGUCAAAAGAGCGACGGAGAGGCAGGCCCUCUCCCUUCAGUUCCUCUAGCAUCAGGAAGUUCCCUCUGAAGCAGGGAGUGUCUGCAUAUAAAAUGGUCUGCAGUUCUCUGCUUCGUAGGUCAGAAGCUUGUUUUGUUUUGUCUCUGUGGCUUCACCAAACAAAAAAAAACAAAAAAAGAGGGGAAAAAAUGCUUGUCGCCAAAAAAGAAGACCCAAUAAGUAACAUGCCACAUACUGUUUGAGCCACAACAAAAUGCUAAAAAUGAUAAGAAAUACAUUGAGGCAUUUUAUUUUUGCUUGUUAAGCUUGAUGAAGUAUGCACAAUUAAGGUGCAUACUUCUCUUAUUUCAUUAGCUUCUUCUGAGCAUCACAUAACGCUCUCAACAAAAUUUACACAUACUGCACAUAGUGAGAAAGGGGAGUGUUUUAUUGAAAAAGCAAGAAAUAAAAAAAAACUUUAAAAAAUAUCAAUUUUACUGCUUAAAUGGAACUGGUACCCUACAUUAGUUCAGCCUGUAUUUACUGUCUAAUUAUUUACACCAUAGAUGCCUUGUCCUCUUCUCUGACCACGGAAGGGCCUCGCAGUGCUUUUUCCACCUCUUCCAGCACCACCAUGCAUUCCAGCACUUCAUCCAGUGACCAGAACGCAGCUCACAGCAGAAAUGUCGACUCAGAGGACGGCAGGAGUAGCCGAGUGGUACCGGAGAUCGUCGGAGUCGUGGGUGGCAGUGGAAAAAGCAGCAACGGCGAGCCUGCCGGAGGACGUGGCGCAGCUUCUCAGGAUGGCCAGCCACACCAUCAGCUGACUCCGUCCAAGCGCCGCACCAUCCUCAACAUCUCCCCGCCACCGCAAGACCUGUUCGACGACAGCCACAUGUCCUGCCAGGAUGUGCCGGCACCCUUGGACUCGGAGCAGAGUAACAGCAUAUGGAUGGAGGAUUCCAUGUCCAACUUCAGCAUCAUGAGUACGUCUUCUUACAACGACAACACAGAGGUGCCACGGAAGGCCCGCAAGCGUACACCUCGACAGAAACCAGGACCUAAGGCGGUACGCGCAGUGGGAGCCAGCAUGGACGUCUUCGACGCAGACAGCGCCAAAGCCCCACACUUUGUUCUGUCUCAGCUCGGCCCGGAGAACAAGACAUCAACUAAAACAAGCUCUGAUGACUCUCAGAAGACUAAUCAGAAAGGAGGGACCCUUACAAUGCAGUUCCCAUCGAAGUGUGAAGGAAAGGAGCUUAAAAUCCUCGUCCAGCCAGAGACUCAGCAUCGGGCCCGCUACCUGACCGAAGGAAGCAGAGGUUCUGUGAAGGACCGCACUCAGCAAGGCUUUCCCACUGUAAAGCUGGAGGGUGUGAGUGAGCCUGUGGUUCUUCAGGUGUUUGUUGGGAAUGACGCCGGGCGCGUAAAGCCGCAUGGAUUUUACCAAGCUUGCAGAGUUACUGGUCGCAACACCACUGCAUGCAAAGAGGUUGAUAUUGACGGCACGACUGUGAUUGAAGUGACCGUUGACCCAAGCACCAACAUGACACUGGCGGUCGACUGUGUUGGGAUUUUAAAGCUCCGUAAUGCUGACGUCGAGGCCCGUAUCGGCGUGGCGGGGUCGAAGAAGAAGAGCACACGCGCUCGCUUGGUGUUUCGGGUCAACAUCCCACGCUCAGAUGGAUCAGUGCUCACUCUGCAGACGCCCUCAUCUCCAAUUCUCUGCACCCAGCCUGCAGGGCUGCCAGAGAUACUGAAGAAGUCACUGAAUACCGGUUCAGUAAGGGGUGGAGAGGAAGUUUUUAUCAUUGGCAAAAACUUUCUGAAAGACACUAAAGUCAUAUUUCAAGAAAAUAUUUCAGAUGAGAAGUCGUGGAAGUCAGAGGCAGAAAUUGACAUGGAGCUGUUCCACCAGAAUCACCUGAUUGUGAAGGUUCCCCCAUAUCAGAACCUGGCCAUGUCCUCUCCUGUUUGUGUGGGGAUCUACGUGGUGACAAACGCUGGCAGGUCCCAUGAUGUUCAGCCAUUCACCUACACUCCAGAUCCAGACAAUCUUGCAGUACAAAAUGAAAUUCCUGUAAAGAAAGAGAUGCCCUCGCCAGUGAAGACCUGUUCUUAUGAUGAGCAGCUCAAAGCUGUAGAUGGUGCCUUGAUGCCUUCAAUGUUGCCUUUAGUGAAGAGAGAAGAUGUCACCCCAAUGGAAGUGACAAACAACCUUCAGGCCUCCGGAGUAUUUAAGAACGGUGAUCUUCGCGCACCCCAGCCGACCCAAGAUGUAGCAACAGCACAUCUAAAUAAAAGCUUAGUUUUCAGCAAUAGCUUACCUCAGCCCGCAGGCGAUCCAGAUGAAACCCAGGCUGCUGCUUUUACCAACGUCGAUCAGUUAAACACCAUCCAAAAGCAGGACAUUGCUCCUAGCAGCUCAUUCCCCUUGCCUGCAGAGUCCCUCCUCCCACAAGGCUCCCAGCAGUUCCUCUUAGAGUCCAGAGACGGUCUGAUGCGGGAGAGGUCCGGCAGCGCUUCUGGAGGAGUGCGCAGGCUGUGUGUUGAACCGGCGCCCCCACCGCCGCAGCCGCAGCUGCAGCUCUUCCCUGCAGACGAAGUGGCUCAGCUGGAGGAAGCCGUGAGACAACUUAAAGCUAAGGGAUACUGCAGCUUACCAAUUCAGGCUGACAACUCAAUAACCAAACAGCAGCAGCAACAAAUCCAACACCAGCAACAGAUCCAAAAUCAGCAGAUUCAGCAGCAACAAAUUCAACAGCAGCAACAGCACAUCCAGCACCAGCAACAGAUCCAAACCCAACAGAUUCAGCAGCAACAGCAGCAGCAAAUCCAACAGCAGCAGCAACAGCAGCAGGUUUUGGAGAACUUGCAGCAGCAACUCUUCCAGUCUCAGAUCCAGAUGCAGUGUGGCAUGUUUCAGGAUGCUGCCCAGGCCAAGAACGCAGACCUUCAAGGUUCCUCACCAGGAGUGGUGACCAACCAGACAUCACUUUACCCGCCGGAUCAACAGCAGCAGCAGACUCAGCAGCAGCAGCAAGCUGCCCUUUUUCAGCAGGCCAACGACCUUUGUUCCAUGCAGACCGGCUUCCUCCAGCAGACCCCCACCCAUCCCUCACCAACCAUGUUCCACAAUCCCAGUCCUCUGGCCGAGACGCAAGAUGCACAGGCGUCAAUGUAUCAGAAAGCCUCCCAGGAGCAAGUUCAGGCCGCGCUGUUCCAGAGCACCAUGACAGUGCUGCAGUCUCAGGAGCAACAGCAAUCCCCCACUGGGCUUUUCCUUCCCCAAUCCCCCCUGUCCACCCAGCUUACGACCGGUGGUUCUCAGCAGCAGCAGCAGCAGCAACAGCAGCAGCAGCAACAGCAGCAGCUGGCCUUCCUUAAUGCUCUGCAAUCCUCCUCUCCUGAACCGCAGUCAGUAUUUCAGACCCAGGCCCAGAUGUCGUCCAUGCAGCAGAGAAGCCCCAUGGAGCAGCAGCAGUCGUCUCAGCCUCCGCCGCUCACACAGCCACCCCAGCAGCCAGCCAUGUUUCAGAGCAUCUCCCCCCAUUCCUCUCCAAACACACUCUCUCCAGGCCAGCAGCAACAGCAGCAAGCAGGCCUAAUGUUCUGUAACAACAACCUGUCCACACAACCACAGGCCCCUAACCUCAUUUUUACUAGUCCAGGCCAAAUGCCUCCUCUCACCACCAGCAGUCUGGUUUCCCAGGAGUCCCAAAGCCCAUCUCAGCUGUUUUCCCAAUCCACCAUGGUGGGUGUAAAUCAGCAGAGCCAGCCAGAGCCCAUGGCCUUGGGGAAUCCCACCAAUUCACCCCAGCAAGUCAUGUUUCAGGAGCAGCAGCCGAUGCAGUUAGGCAGCACCCCCAACAACCAGCACGAGCAGCCAGUGAGUCUCUUCAUCCCUCCAUCCAACAUGCCUCCCAUGCAGGGGGGGCUGGCUGUGCCCGAGCUCACUCAGUCAGCCAUGUUUGCCUCCCAGAACGGCGUGGCCAACCUUCCGACCACCACCUCCUCUCCCGUCCAGCAGCCAGGAAGCUUGUUCCAGCACGCUGUGAGUCAACCCAACCAGCCUCAGCAGCCGGGCCUUUUCAUCUUCGGGAUGCAGAAUGGAUGUGGCCAGCUGAUGAACAGCCCUGGAAACACAGUUUCAGAUCAGAUCAUAGCAAUCAGCCAGUCGGGUCAGAACCAGCAGGAGAGCGAGGCUCACAUCCAGUCCCUGCUCAGCCAGUCUCUGUCCCAGUCUGGGACCACCGGACAGGGCAGCAUGGAGGUCUCUCAGAACAUGGAGAAGAUCAAUGACCUGCUCGUCAGCCUGCAUGAGUCAGGCGGCACCCUCACGCGAUCGUUCUAAAUGUCCCAGAAGCUCGUGAGUUUUGUUUAACUUCUUUUGCCGAAGAAACCUGGAAAAUUGUUAAACACGGAAGAAAAGGUCCAAGUGUUAAUGCGUGAUUGCUGCAAGCAGGUCUACUCCUGCAGCGCUGAGGAUGCCUUCAGACAGCUGCCGGCCUUUGCUCAGCUGGUCUCUUCAGACAAAAAUAUUAACGACCAAUGUAAAUGACAGAGACUCCGAAGACGAACUGGAUCGUUUCUUUAUAUGCAGAUACAUAAACCAGGAUUUAGGAAUGGGUUGACGGCAACCAAGUUAACAUCUUUUCAUUUCUCUCGCAAACCGGCUAACUCGCUUUUACUGAAACUCGUGUAAAUAGUGACCAACUCCUGAAGAGUCCGAAAAGAGAAGUGGAACUCAAAUCUUUUUCUUUCGCUUUCUACUCUGAAAAGACUGUCAACUUGUCAGGCCUGAUAAUCAGAGAACUUGUUUUUAAAUGUAAAUAGGUACAAUGUGACGUUAUCUAUAGCAUGCUCCAGUUUUGUUUUUUCUGUGUCGUGUAAAAUGUCUCCUAAAGAGUUAGAAGUUUCUGUGAAUAUAUUUCCCUUAAUGUUUUUUUUUUUUUUCUACUUCUUAUUCUUGUCAUUAUAUUGCAUGAAAGACGGACCGUUUGGUAUGGCAUAUAGGGCUUAGGCGUUGUUUGACAUGUUUGGCCGUUUGGUAGCUACUUUGCAGAUAGUUUGCAAAAAAGAAAAAGGUCUAUAGAGGGCAGGAGAGAAAGCAAAGAAAUAUGAAGUUGAAGAACUGUAGAAAUGAACAUAAGAGGUUUAAUGUAAUUUGGUUACUAUUUAGCAGUUUGAAGCAGUGAGCUUGAACCUGUUGCUAGCAAUAAAUUCAAUCUAGAUCUCUGAAAUGCCACAAAAAGGAGAUUUUGAUUUUAUUUAUAAUGCAAUAAAUAAGCUUUUUAGGUGCUACAUAGAUGUAUUCGUUAAUAAAUCUACCUAAAUUAUGUAUUGUAUUUGACUGGGUUUGUGCUAAAGAUUUGUCAAAACAGUGAAGAUGGUUAAACUGAGAUAUAUUUGUAAAUAUUAAACGCUUUAUUUAUUUUAACAUAUUAUCUCUAUCGGCAUGUGAGCCAGAAUGCAGAUACACCAACACUGCAGUCUGUUGAAAUGUUCUGGUUUAUGUGACAAAUCCAGGUUACAACCUAUGUUAAAAAUCAUUUGUGAUGUUGCUCUCUAAUCACUCCUUUUACAAAGAGUGCGGCAGUCUCAUAAGCAAGGGUGAUUUUUUUUUUAUUAAUUUUUUUUUAUGUCCACAUAUGGUGUCUUCAUUCCCUAGGUUAAAAAAAAA